AUGAAGUUUCCUACCUUCGUCAAGUCAUUUCUGCUGCUAAGAAUGCCGGAUCUAGAAGACUCCUCUCCGAUCUAUUCUGAAGAAUCAGGCAUCCCCCCAGUUUGCAAAACCCACUCCAUGUCAAGCCUGUGCCUCACUAGUUCCUUGGAGAAGAAGGCCAUCGAGCUUUUAGAUACGAUUCCCAAAACCUUCUUGUCGCUUCACCUCAGAUUUGAACCAGACAUCAUGGUAGCAUACACCCAAUGUGAAUACGCAAACCUCUCUCCUUCAUCUAUCGCUGCCACUGAAGCUGCUCGUGUUGAUAGGAAGCCAUGGACUUUGCCUGCCUGCUUCUGUGAAUUUGAGCUGUAA